CGCUCCGGUCCAAACUCCAGUUCGGGUUCUGCGCGCUCCCCCUGCUGAUGACGGCUAAGCUAGCUAGCUAACCGGAGACACAACCGUCAUCUGGUCCUCUUGCACCGUUAAUGUCGUCCUUCACCCAGGCGGAGCGUUGUAUUCACCCGCACACACACGUUUAAUAACACGGUUUCUAACGGUGAUAAAUAUCUACGAUCCGUUGGGUUUGAUCGGCGGACUGGCCCCAAGUCUGAGCUAAGCUAACCGUUAGCCGCACAGCCAAAAUGGCGGACAACGAGGAUGACGGCGGUUCGACCAGAACAAUAACAGCCGCGGAGCCGCCCGGGGAUCUAGGCAGUCCGCCCGGGGAUCAGAGCCAAAGACCCGGGGAUCAGAGUUCGAACCCCGCGGAGAGUUCACCGCAAACCGCCGCCGUGCGGAGCACUCAUGCCAGGGAGAGUUUAACUCCAGCGGCCGCAAAGGAGAGCAGUCAACGCGGGGAGAGUUCUCCGGCAGCGGCCGUAGAACAGAGCCCCAAUCCCGGGGAAAGUUCUCCGGCAGCGGCCGUUGAACAGAGCCCAAAACCCGAAGAGAGUUCCCCGGCAGCGGCCGUAGAACAGAGCCCCAAUCCCGGGGAGAGUUCUCCGCCCGGUUCCGUGCUGCAGAGCCCCCAACCCGGGGAGAGUUUCCCGGCCGGGUCCCUUUCGUUGAGCUGCCAGGGGGACCAAACCCUCCUGUUGGGCCCGGAGUUCUCCAGCCUGGGCCACGACCUGGGGAACACCACCAUCCUGUACGUGCAGCCGGACGGCAGCCUUGUGGAGGGCUCCGGGCUGACGGCUGAGGAGCAGCAGGCUCUGCUGGAGCAGCUCACCCGCCAGCAGAUCGUCCAGGUCUCCGACACCGAGGCCGCGCAGCUGCUGCAGCAGAGCCAGCUCAUUAGAACCAUUCCGGUCCAGAACACGGCCCUGGACCCGAGCCAGCUGCAGCAAGUCAUCAACCAGGUCACUAAGUCCCAGCAGCAGACCCAAGUCCAUGUACAGGUCCCCAAACAAUCCCCGGUCCCCCAACAGCAGACCCUGAAGCAGCAGACACUGAAGCAGCCGGUCCAUGUCUCCCAGCAGACCCUGAAGCAGCCAGUCCAGGUCUUAAAGACCCCCACCCAGAACAACGCUUCCCAGCAGCUGAAGAGCGUCGCCCAGCAGGUUGCUCUGCAGACGGGAGGAAUGGUCCAGGUGGUCCAGAAGAAGUCGGAGCCUGUCAGGAUCCAGAUCCAGGUUCCCUCCAAACAGGAAGGGAAGUCUCUCUCCGCUGCCCCCCAGAAGAGCGUAGCUGUCAAUCAUCCGCAAUUGAAGCUUUCGGCCAAUGGCAGCGCUCAGAUCAUCCACCUCCAGCCUGUGGUUGGUCAGCAGGGUCAGCAGUUCUUCCUGCAGCAGAGCGCGGGCGACGCCCCCAUCCAGCUCCUGCUGCAGAGCUCCGCCCCCGCCGUGGGAUCACUGCUCCCAUUGGUACAUAAGCUCACCGGCCAGACAACAUCAUCAGGCCCCGCCUCCAGCCCGGCUCAGAAACCUGCGGCGGCCUCUGCCAGAGUCCAGACCCCGCCCACCGCCGCUGCUAAGGCUGUUAGCAUCCCACUAACCAAACUGCCGGCUAACGGCAUGGCGCCAGCCCCCAUUAAGAGUCCCAUCAAACCUCCUUCAGACUUCUCAGCGUCCCCAGCACAGACCGUCAAACCUGCUGCGGCCCGGCCGGCCCCCGUGGCCCCACCAGCCCCCGUGGCCCCGCUGGCCCCUGUGACCACGGCCAGCGUGGCCCCGCCAACAAAGGAGAAGAAGUUGAAGAAGCGAGAGAAGAAGGCAAUGAAGGUGCAGACCAGGUCUGGGCGAGUGUCCCGGCCCCCGAAGUACAAAGCCCGAGACUACAAGUUCAUCAAGACGGAGGACCUGGCCGACAGCCACCAGUCCGACUCUGACGACUACUCCGACAUGAGCGUGGAGGACGAGGAGGGCGGGAGGAAGGACGCCGUUGGCUCCGAGCCCCCGCUGACGUACAGCCACAAGUCGCGCUCGCACCGUUGCCAGACCUGCGACAAGGCGUACAUUGGCGCCGGGGGCCUGAACCGCCACUACAAACUCAACCCGACUCACGGGGAGCCUGAUCCGCCUGGCAACAUGCCAUGCCCCCUCAGGGACAGCCAAUCACAGGAGACCACCACAGAAAGAGAGCCUGGUCUGCCCGGCAACCCGCCACGCCCCCUCAGAGACAGCCAAUCACUGGAGACCACAACAGGAGGCGUCAGAGAGGAGGACAAACCUGCUGCCAUGGAAACAAACAGAGUGGACGGGGGUCCAGCGGCGGCUGCAGGACAGCGGGGCCUCCAUCACCGGGGCCCUGGCCGGCCCAGGGGUCGAGGCAGAGGAAGGGGGCGUGGACGGGGCAGGGGGCGGGGCUGGGAUCAGACUCUGCCUGGACCGGGGAUCGAGCCUGGACCGGGGAUCGAGCCUGGACCGGGGAUCGAGCCCUGCAGGGUGGCCCGGUGUCUGGGGAUCCUGGAUGAGGUGAACAGGAUGAAGGUGGUUCCUGGAGCGUCUCCCAGCUCCAGUCUGACCAAUAAGAACGUCCGAUACAUGGAGAAUUCUAAGAUGCUGCCGCCUUCAAAGAGAUUCAAGAUGGAGAACAGCGUUUCCGUUCACCAGAAUGGGAUCCAGACGGUCAAAACAGGCCGGACCACACUGACCCCGGCUGUGACCCCUGGCGUGACCCCUGGUGUGACCCCCGCCUUUACCCCCGCUGUGACCCCUGCUGUGAGCUCUGUGACCCCCGAUGUAACCCCUGCUGGGACCUCUGUGACCCCCGGCGUAACCCCUGCUGUGACCUCUGUGACCCCCGGCGUAACCCCUGCUGUGACCUCUGUGACCCCUGGCGCGUAA